AUCCAGAUAUAGAGGGGCGGAGUGAGAGUACAGAUUCGGAGUCUGAGGUGGGAGGUUUUACAUGAGAGACUCGAGGAGAUGGGUACACUGCAUUGAUAUCUUCCACGUUGUGCGCGAAAACCACACGAUCCCUCCCCGAUAUUACGCAGUCUAUUUAAACGCAACAACCGCACACCCAUUCCAUCACUCACCACUUUGGUCGUCUCACCUGCACUCGCGGUGCUCAGGAGAGGAAUCCAGUGAUGGAUCAGGACAAGUACCUGCCAGAGCUCGUUGCCGAGAAGGAGAGCUUGGACCCGUCGUUCGUGCACGCGAUGCGCCUUCUCGCUGAAGAGAUUGAAAAGUUCGAAGGAGAUGAGUUGAGAAAAGAUGGUGAGGUGAAGAAAUACUUGGAUAUCAUCAGCAACAAAAACAUCAAACUUUCAGAGCGCGUGCUGAUCCCGGUGCAGCAGUAUCCUAAGUUUAAUUUUGUUGGGAAACUGCUGGGGCCCAGGGGCAAUUCCAUGAAAAGAUUACAAGAGGAAACAGGAGCAAAGAUGUCCAUCCUCGGCAAGGGUUCAAUGAGGGAUAAAGGCAAGGAGGAAGAGCUGAGAAAAAGUGGAGAGGCGAAAUACGCCCAUUUGAGCAAUGAUCUUCAUGUUUUAAUUGAAGUUUUUGCACCACCUGGAGAAGCCUAUUCCCGCAUGAGCCAUGCCCUGGAGGAGAUUAAAAAAUUCCUUGUUCCAGAUUACAAUGAUGAGAUCAGGCAGGAGCAGCUUCGUGAGCUCUCCUAUUUAAAUGGUUCAGAUGACCCGAGCCGAGGAAGAACCGCACGAGGACGUGGCUUACGUCUGACCUCCACAGCCUCCACCCGUGGUCGAGGAGGGGCAGCUCCACCCGCUCCUCCUGGACGAGGAGCAGCAGCACCCAGAGGAACUGUGGGCACUCGCACCUCCGUCCCCACACCCACACUAGCCAGAGGAGUCUCUGCAACCCGGACCAGAGGAACUACAGGGACCCCUGGAUACAGAGCCUCGCUACUGCAGGCCACACACAAAUCAUAUGAUGACUAUGGAUAUGAUGAUGGUUAUGACGGGGAAUAUGAUGACCAGAGUUAUGAGGGCUAUGAUGACAACUACAGCAACCAGUCGAAAAGCGUCUCAGAGUAUUAUGAAUAUGGACAUGGCAAUAAUGAUGAAACCUAUAACAAUUAUGCAGAAGAGGACUGGAUAUCAUCCCGGCCCAACCUCAAAGCUCCAGCAUCAAGACUUAAUCGAGGGGGCUACAGAGAUCACCCCUAUGGUAGAUAUUAAAGGUGCUCCAGAUCACGUGACCUCCAUACAACGCAAACCGUAUUGGCUAAAUAAUCUAAAAAGGGAUUUUUAAGUGAUAGGUCAACCUUGUUUUUAAACUCAUCCUAACCUUGGAGGGAAAAAGCUACACAGUCCCUUCUUUUCUUAUCUGAAACUGUUGACUUCUUUGUAAGAUACCAUAUGAACAUUAGUUCUGGCCAGAAUUUGGCAGUGUACUUUUGUCAUUGAAUGCUCCUUCCUUUAGUUUUCCAUUGUUUGUCCCCCAAAUGUAAAGCAUGGAAUUAACUACACAUUGUGCUUCCCUGAUUUUGGGAAUCUUUGCGCUAAGGAAAAAAAUGUAUCGCCACAGUGAAAAGACUCAUUUUGUACAUAACAUCUUUCUUAAUACUUCUUGAUUUGAUGAUGGUAAAUACUGAGUUUGUAUAUUUAAUUUUGAUAUCAGUAAUGGGUUUGAAAGCAAUUGGCUAUGUACGUAGCCACAUCCAAGUGCUUUGCUUUGUGUGUAGCUUGUAUUUGUACAUAAAAAUGUAAUAAAAAGGAUGUAAAGCGCCUUGUGCAAGCUUCACUAAAUAGGUGAUUAUAAUUGUUAAACUUGUGUUGCUAUAAUUUGUUAAUAAGGAUAAGAUCAUUUUUGUAAAAUUAGAUUAGCUACGUACUUGUCUCUAGUACUAAAUGCCUGUUUGACCUGAGGAAAUGGCUAAUAUGUUUUUUUUAUAUAUAUAUAUUUAACAGAAAAGCCACAAAAAGGAACCGUAGAGACGUUGUCAAGUCAUUUUGUGUAAUAAUAGAUAAGCUACAUUAAUAGAAUUAAACUUUGUUAAAUAAUUUUUAACUUUAGCUCUAAAUUGUUCAUUGACUCUUGAUUAGUCAUUUAAAUGUUUAACAUGUUAAUGGAAAUCAACUGUUUAGAUCAAUAAAUUGAAUCUUUUUUAACACACUCUUUAAGCUUCAGCUUAUUAAACAAUAAGUCGGACUGACUUGUCUGCACUAACGUGACUCUGAGAAUGAUAUGGAGAUUCAGGAGGUAAGAACGUCCCCAUAUUCCAAUAAGAUGUUCUAAGUGCCUUCAGCCUUUGGUGUUAACCACUGUAGCCAAUGUGAAUAUGGCUGAUAUUCACACUCAUAUUUCAUCACUCACAGGAGUGAAUGGGAUCCAGUUAAAUUGCUUUAUCUCUGCUACCUACAGUAUAUUUUCUUCUGCUAUUUAUGUUAAUGAACAUCAGAAGGCUGCAUUUGUGUUGUAAUACCAAUGCUUUUAAAUAUCAGCACUAUUGAAGGCCCCAUAGAGACCUGAACUCUUUUUUGUGACUGUUAGAACUGAAUGCUGACGCGUAUUAAGACUUCGAAAGGAUGACUAAACGUUAAGCAGGUACCAGUCUCUCUGUGAGCUGAGAUGCAGUGGAUUGAAUCAGACUGGGUGCUUUGCAGUUGAUAUGUGGAGCAUAUUGAUAAAACCAAUCAGUGAGAAGUGAGGGGGCUCCGUCUCAUUUGGCUGAGGAAGUGCUUAUAAACAGUCUUUGUGCAGAUGCUGUAUGCCAGUGUUGAACUUCUCGCUUCUAUGGAUCCCCCAGCCGUUCGAUAGAGCUGACCUCGACAGAACAUCACUGCAGGGCCCAGAUGACCACUGCGUAUACAUUUUGUCAAAUUCAAAGCUGAACAGUAUCUUAUGAGGCUGACCUCCCUCCUGGAUUGGCUUAUUCAGACCACCGUAGAAGGUCCAAGAAGAUACCUUUCUUAAGCUGUAUCACAUCUAAAAAUCCAGUUUGAAUUCUACAGAGAUAUGGACAAAAAAGGACAUAAUUGGAUUAAAUGGCUGUUGAAGAUGGA